UGAGAAGUUUGGCGAAUCGCUCAUCUUGGACAUUUCCCAUCCAAAAUGCCGCUGGAACUGUAUCUCGAUUUGCAUUCCCAGCCAUGCCGCUCCGUCUUCCUAUUUGCCAAGUUAAAUAAAAUUCCCUUUGAAUUCAAAACCGUGGAUUUAUCUGCAGGUGAACAAUAUGGAGAGGAAUUUGGUAAGGUCAGCAUCAUGAGGAAAGUUCCUGUCCUCAAAGAUGGAGAUUUUAUUCUAACAGAGAGUAUAGCUAUACUGCAGUACUUGGCAGCGAAACAUCGCACUCCUGACCACUGGUAUCCAGCUGACCUGCAGAAGCGUGCACGAGUCGACGAGUUUCUGUCCUGGCAGCACACGAACAUAAGAACUCAUGGGUCAAAGGUCUUCUGGUUCAGGGGGGUCUUGCCUGCAGUCACUGGGGCCCCGGUGCCUAAGGAGAAGAUGGAUGCUGCUGUGGAGGACCUCAACGCAUCUUUGAAAACCUUUGAGGACAAGUUUCUGCAGAGCAGGCCCUUUAUAAUUGGAGAUAAAAUAUCUCUGGCUGAUCUUGUAUCCAUCGUGGAGAUAAUGCAGCCGGUCGGUACAGGUCUAGAUGUGUUUCAAGGCAGACCUGCUCUGAGUGCCUGGAGAGACAGAGUUAAGAAGGAGAUCGGUGUGGAAGUCUUCGAUGAAGCCCACAAGGUUAUCAUGAAUGUUGAUGCUUUGCCACAAACCUUUGAGAAAAAAGGUUUACCGGAGUUUCUCAAGCUAAAGAUGCAGAAAAUGUUUAACUGAGUCUGUUAGCAUGGUCUAAUAAUCUAGUAUUAAACUUUAAUCUUUCAUCAAGUUAUUGUGCAGCAAUAUGGACAAGGUCAAACACGGUUUAGAAAAUAUUAUAGUACUGAAAUCAUUGUAUUCAAAAUAAAAACAUUAUAAUAAAGUUAUGCCUAAGUGUA